AUGAUAGAAGAACACGGAGGUAUAGUCCAACCAGAUGGAAGUAUCCAACCAAUCGAUAUGUCAAGUUUCGAAAAACCACAACCAGGUUCAAAGAAAAAAGAAAAGAAAUUAACACCAAAGAAUAUUAAUCUUUUAGUGCAACAAUCUAAUCAAUUACAUAAAAAGGAUGGUGAAUAUGACGAAGACUAUGACGAUGAAUAUGAAGACGAUGAUGAAGAUUAUGUAGAUGACAAAAGAAAAGCAGCCCUAAAAGCUAAAAAACAAAAGAAAACAACUUUAAAGAAAAAAGCUAUUAAAGAACCAAAAGAAAAAAAACCACCUAAAGAAAAAAAACCACCCAAAGAAAAAAAACCUCCCAAAGAAAAAAAACCACCAAAAGAAAAAAAACCACCAAAACAAACCAGUAGAAAGAGACAAAAAAUAAAUAUUUCUGCCACAAUUAAAAACAAUACUUUAAAUAAUAAUAGUAAUAAUAGUAACAAUAAUAACCAUGGUAACAAUAGUAGCAAUUGUAAUUCAACUAUUAAUAAUAUUUACAGUACAGAAUGUUUUGGUUUUAGAGAUUCAUGUGUUCCAAUAUUUAUGAAAAACCAAGAGAUUGUCAAAAAAGAUGAAUUUAGUAUUGAAAUACCUCAUUAUAGAGAAAUUGAAGAUUUAGAUAAUGAUGGUUAUUCUCUAUUAUCACCAAAUCACUAUAAGGGUAAUUGGAAAGAUGAUAAUUUUGAUGCAAGUCAGGAUGUUUCAAAUCAUUUGGAUCAAAAUGUAGUGGACCAACUAAAUUCUUUUUCAUUCGAUGAUUUAGUUCCAGCAGAAGAGAAUCAAUUUUUAAUGGAUGAAGAGUCAACAACACAAUUAAAUAAAAAUGAAGCUCAAAAGCACCAACCAAUAUUAAGAAGUAGUGAAGAUGUUGAAAUCAGUAUUAGUGAUACUGACGAUUUCGAUAAUGACAUUAAAAAUUCAACGCCAUCUAAAACCAUCAAAUCAUUACCGACAUCAACAACACCAACAAGUACACCAAUUUCUAUUCCACAAACUAGAAGAAAUAAAAUAAUUACAAAUCCAUUAUUAUCUUUCAACAAUAACAACAACAAUAAUAAUAUUACACCAAUUAAAACAAGGUCAAAAAAACUAUCUGAUAAAAUGGAGCAAAGUAAUGGUGAUAAAAGUGGAUCAUUAUUAGAUUUAUUAACAUCAAAAAGAAAGAAAAAGCUCUAG